GCGCUUUCUUUUAUGUCUUCUCUGUGUCGCGCGCUUUAGUAUAUCUUUUCUCUCUCCAUGUGUCGCGCGUCGUCAAAAAUCUCAUUAUAAAUGGAGAUAUAGAGUAGCAGCAAUUUGCCAUUUCUUUGUUGCUAAAACGAUACAAUACAUGGACUGGAUGGAUUAUUUCUCCCUCGGGAAGGGCUUCAACUCGACUGACGAUGAUGAAGAAGAUCUACAGCAAUGGGAUCCAGGAUCUUUAAUGUCCUUGGCACAAAAUCAAUCUGGAAUCAGCAAUGAGAUUAUCCUAAGCCAGACUAAUGGAAGCACGGUCCAAGCCUCUCAAUCCCCAAACACUUCCAAUGCUCCUGUUUUGAGAAAAAGCUAUUCUACUUUAUCUCAAGCUGAACGAGCUCAGAGGAAAAGGAUGACCGAUCAGGCAUAUCGAGGAAGAGUUAAGUUACACAAAGAGCUAAUGAAAUCAAAUUUGGAGACCCUUACUGGAGAAAACGACUCACUAAAGAAAGAGAAUCAAUCCUUAAAAGCGGCUAAUGCUUCCAUGAACCAAACCUUGACUGAUCAAGCAAAAGAGAUUGAUCAGUUGAGGAGUGAUCUUUUGCAGCUGAAGAAAGACCAUGAGAAGCAAAAUAUUCUUUUGGAAACACUUUCAGGGCUUCUAUCUGAUCCAUUGAAGCUCGAAAAUGAGAAACUGAAGGAAGAAAAUGCGAUAUUAAGGAAGGAUGCCAAUCUUAAUAGUCGCAUACCGCAGCUUUUGGAGGAGAAUGCGAAGCUAAAAAUUGAAAAUAAGGUACUCAAGGUUCAGAAUGAUGCUUUAUGUGGGAAGAUUAUUGCUGACAAUGACAAGAAGCGUGAGCAAGAACCAUAAGCUGAUAUACUUUUUUAUGAUAUGCCUGCAUUGAUUUAUCCAUGGCGGUGGUCUGGCCAAGAAGAUGUUAUUCACUUCCUGGGUUCUACUUAAUUUCUUCAUCAGUUAUGGUCUUUGAAUUUUAUGUUGUAUUCGUCUUUUGUUUUCUUCUUUUACGUAUACUGAAUCCUCUUUCAUAGUAUGUAUGUAUGUAUCUAUGAGCAGGCCCCUUUCUAUCUAUAUGACCUCAAUGAUUGAGAAUUUGUUUUGGUUUGAA